AUGGAUAAAGAACAUCGAGGGACGCAAUUACUUAGUUUUUCUGGUGAAUGGAUUUAUCUCUUACGGAGCAAUCUUCGAAAAGAUUCUGUGACAGCAUCCGAAGUAAUUAAAAAAUCUCUCUCACCGUCAUCUACACAAAAAUUUCAUAGUGAAUCAAGUUCCGAUGAAGAAUCGGAAGAUUCGCGUCCAGCUUAUCAAAAACGUUUAUGGGAACAACAACCAAAUCGCCCAGCACCUAAAAAAGCUGCUAAUAAGAAGACACAACCAAAUCCGUUACUUGUUCAAAAAGAGACAGAUGAAAAACGACUAAAUGACUUGCUAAAACGAACAGAAAAUCGUCCACGUAAUCACGUCUAUAAUUCGAUUCCAUCGAGUUUAACAUCGUCAACAAAUUCAAAUUUAAAUUCAUUUGCUAAACCACGAGCACGCGCUGUUUCACAACAACACCAACUACAACCACAACAACAACAACAACGACACGGAUCUGAAGAUGAUAGUUCUCAUUAUACCGGACGAAAUUCAUCGGGAAGUACCACGAACACAGCUCAAACAACAUCAAGUAUUAUUUAUCAAAAUGCAAAGAGUAAUAAUAAUAAAAAAAAACAGACAGACUCGAUACCCGAUAGUUUACACACAUUAACACCAGAUAGUGGUGUGUAUCCACUCACAGUAUCGAACGUAAAACGAGCAUCAAUUGGAACAGAUUGUGCAUCGGUAACAUCGUCAGAAUGGGAUGAUAAAUCAGAACGAGGCGAUACUUCAAUAAAACAUAAGUCACAUUCACUAUUUAAAAGAUCUAAACACAGUUUAAAACAUGGUUCUAGUCAAAGUGUUCGAAAUGUGUUAGCACAUUUAUCUGGCUCACGAACAUCACUCAACAAAGAAUUAGCUGAAAAAAAGAGAAGAAAUCUUACUGUUAUUUAUUAUAUUUAUUUUACCAUUAAACUAUAUUAUUUUAUCAUCUUUAUGUAUGAAAUAUUGAAAUCAAAUAUGCCUACAUAUAAUCCAAGUUCGUCACCAAAAAUUUUAUCAACAUUAAAUACUAAUUCAGACAAAUUAAUAUAUAAACAAGACUGUAUUGUUCACGUAUUUCAACAUUGGAAACUAAAAACACAAGAAACAAAACAUUUUACACAAACAACACAAACUUCUCGAUUUUCUCCACAAAUUCCUUUAUCUAUUAAUACUUCUACCUUCAAUACACCUUCUAUAAAUUAUCAACAACAAUCACAAAUCAAAAUAGUACCAUCUGAAAAAAAGACUAUCAAUACAUCAAAUGUACAUUCAUUACAAAAUUCUGAGCCAGCUAAAAGCGUAUACCAUGAUAGCAAAAUCGAUAAUAAAGAUGGCAAUAGUAUGACUAUUAAUGGAAUUAAAGAUCGACAAAAAAUACAAACGGAAGAAAAUAUAAGCCUACCAAAGUUACUAAAAAAAUCGUUUGUCCGUAGUCAUCAUUCAUUGAAAAAAUCAUUAUCGACACCAACGUUAAAACCUGAAAACGAUUUGGAUGAACAAUAUAAACGUUCCCAAAAGUCACAGCAACGUUUUCCAGAAAUAGUAGUAAAAAAACUUGAAUUACAUGCGCAAACUAAAUCAUCAUUGACUCGAACAUCUAGUUUUGCUCAAACAAAAACGACAGAUACUGUAGAUGAACGUGGAAAAUCAAGUUUAUCUACCAGUCAUUUAGCGUGUCAUCGUAGAACAUUAUCAUCUUCAUCAGACACAAGUUCCCGAACACCUAUUGUUUUUAUUGCUCCAAAACCAAAACCAAAAGUAACUUCAUCCGUAUCAUUAGAAGAAUUAACAUUAGGAAAACGAUCUGCCACAUUACAACGUCACAAUGCAUUCAAUGACCAUAAUCGUCGUCCUCAACCACGAAUAAAACCUCGAUUUUAUUUGCAAUCAUCAACGAGUUCAUUAGAAUAUACAGCAACAGAUUCAAGUUCUGACGAUGAAAAAUCGUUAACUAUUAGAGUACCUAAAAUGAGAAAGAAGGACGUUUUAAAAAUAGAAACAUGUAUUAAUAUUCCUACCGCUAUUAUCAUCACUGACGUACAUGGUCGAUCAAAAACAUACUCUGAGCAUACAGACGAAGAUAAAGAGGACGAAGAUAUAAUAGAAGAUAAUGUACCACUUUCAUCGCUUAUCUUAAAAAAAACAGUUGACAUUUCAGAUAUUAAGAACGAACUAACUUCAUUAGGACCCGAUGAUACCUUUGAUAUUCAUGUGGAGGAACCUAUAAUUAUUAAAUCAGCAUCGGUACACUCGGAUAUGGAAAAACGUUCACUCGGAGAAAUACUUGAGGAAGAAGAAGAAAAUGAAAACGAUUCUAAAACGAAUGACGGUACUCGACUUGAUCGUAUUCUAUCCAAAGAAUUUGAUCGUAUUGAAGCAUUUUCACGAUCACGUUCAAAUGUAUCAGUUGAUGAUGAGGACGGAAAAAGUAGCAACAACAGUGAUAGAAUAAAAACAGGAGUAAUAGUCGUUAAUAAUUAUGUUGUACCAACAACAACAACAGACUUUGAUGAUAAACAAUCAUUGAGUAGUCGAAGUAGUCUAGGCAGAGAGGAAGAAAUGUUACUUAAUACAAAUAAAUAUUCUACUAAAGAAUCAUCUUCAUCAUCGUCACGUUCAAUAAAACGUCGUUGGAGUGAUAGUGUUAUUGCUAAAAUACAAAAUUUUAAAUUACAUCGGGAAUCUCAUACACAAAAACGAAAAUCUAAAAUAUAUAACGACAGUGAUUUAAUAUUUUAUGAUGACAUUGCUAACAACUCUCAGAUCAAUGUGAAUAGUUAUGAUGAUAAUGAAAAGUUACCAUCCGAUGAAAAUAAAUCAAUAAAAACUCGAUCAUCUAGAGCUGAUUCGGUUAGUACUGUAAGAUCAAACGCAACGACAACCAAUCAACACCGAUCAAUAACACCAAUCAAUACUCAAGAAAAUACAGAUAAUGAUAAUAAUAAUGAUAAUGAUAAUGAUCGUGAGAGUAUAGUAUCGCAAGCAACACAUAGAAGUAUUUCUAAAAAUACUGAGAAUAGUUCCAAAGAACGAACAUCAAGCAUUGGAACAACAGCAAGUCUUGAACAACGUAUUUCAGCAGUUAGUCCACCUGCAGCCGCGUCAUCAACUCGAGCUUCAUCUGUUGCGAAUGUCGCAGAGGAAGUUGAUUCAGAUGAUGAUAUCGAUACAACAUUUGAACAAGCAAAAGUCGGUUUACAAGCCAAAGCAUCAUCGAUGAUGGAUAUACGUGUAAGUGGACGACAUCAUCAUAAUGGAGCUACAGUUGGAUGGUCAAAAUUUUUAACGGGUUCACGACAAAGUCUGGCGAGUGUAAAAAGUGAAGUAGGAGCACGAUACGAUCUUGAAAUAUCCGGUACAAUUGAUUUAAAAAUAAGUUAUAAUCUUCAAACGGGUUCUCUAGAAAUCAAUGUUAUUAAAUGUUCAAAGUUAGCAAGUGCAAAAGGCAGUACAUCUGAUCCAUAUGUUAAAAUGUAUUUAUUACCUGAUCGUUCAAAAUCAUCAAAACGAAAAACAACUGUGAAGAAGGGCACAGUAGAACCAGUGUAUGGAGAAAAAUUUCGAUAUAAUUUAAGUAAACAAGAAUUUGAAACAAGGAUACUUUGGAUAUCUGUAUGGAGUGAUGGAAAACUUGGUAACAAUCACUUUUUGGGUGAAAUUCAUAUACCAUUAGCAAAUUGUAUAAUUAAUAAAACUCAAACCUAUACAUUAUUAGCAAAAAUGCAUAAACGUGAUUUAAAUCCCGGUCUCGAACCGACAAUGGGUCCUGGUGAAAUUGAGUUUCAACUGUCGUUUGUUGGAAAUUCUAAAAAUAAAGAGAUUGGUACAUUACAAGUGAAUCAAAUCUCUGCAAAAAAUGUUUAUUAUGGAAAACAUAGUGUUGACGCCUACAUUAAAGGGGUAUUGUUGCCAGAAAAAAUAAAACGAAAAGUAUCAAUUUUACGAAAAGGUCCAAAUCCAAAAUGGGAAAUACCGUUAAGAUAUGAAGGCACUGCAGUUUCUCAUUUACAUGAACAAUCGCUAGAAAUAAGUAUAUGGAAUCACGAAAGAUUUAGAAAAAAUAUGGUUGGUCUUUCUGAGGGUAAACCUGUAAAAUGGGCCGAUUCAACUGUUAAAGAACGAACUGCAUGGGAAGAUUUUUUAACCCAUCCAGAGUUGAGACAAGCUGUAGUGAAAUUACCAUUACGACCACCGUAUACUGAAAAAUAA